AUGUCUAAUGCUAGGCCGCAUCUUCAGGUAUCUGUUGGACAUAUCGUCACAGGGCAUUCUGGACACCACCCUCAGCCAACUCGGAUUGAUGGUGAAGAAUGGUACUUCCAGCGCAAGGCGGCAACUCGAGCGUUUACCAAACGAAACUUUGAAACUCACAUUACGCAGUCUGUUCAUCAUUGGCUUGAUAUUCUUAUGGGCCUUUUGUCCAACCUUGCUAACAAGCAGGUGGAAUUUGAUUUUCAAAAGCUGAUGGGACGUCUUAUGUUUUGUCUAUUCCUCAGGCUUGCUUUCCAUGAGGAAGAGCUUGCCCGAGAUAUUCUCUCAGAUGACCCAAAAGUUUUGGACUCUAUGCCGGAUUAUAUUGAAGCAUUGGACCAGGCUACCAUUCUGUUUGACCGAAGAAGACGCGACCCUCUGUGGAAAAUUACCGAGAAACUGUCGGGUGAUGACAAGAUUACCAAGAGAGCUGUGGAUCUCUUCUACGUGCAGAUAGAGAAACUUAUUGAGAAACGCCUCAUUGCGAUGGAGAAUGGUUACCAACCUAAUCCAGACUUGGGAGUUGACUUGCUUGACCUCUUCCUGCAGUCGACAACAAAUAAGUACAAACUGAGCGGAAUGGUGUUUGCAUUCCUAUCGGCUGGCCGUGAUACAACUGCGUAUGGCAUCUCCUGGUUAAUGAAAGAGAUCUACCACCAAGACAAUAAGCAUCUUGACGCCAUUAAGAAGAUCCGAUUAGAGGCUAGGGAGCUUCAUGUUGAUGGCAACUACCUCACGUAUGAGGAUGCACCGAAGAUGAGAUUUAUGAACGCCAUGUGGAACGAAACAUCUCGCCUUGAUACUGUUUCUCCGGCCGGGCAAAUGGAAGCCGCAGGAGAUGAUAUUCUGCCUGCAAUUCCCGAGCUUGGUAUUCCACCUCGUCACGUAAAAAAAGGUGAUAUCGUUAGCUACCAAAAUUACGUGCUUGCCCGAAUGCCUGAAGUCUGGGGGAAAGACGCCGCUGUUUUUAACCCGUACCGAUGGUUUAAAGAAGAUGGACAAAGUAUCUCCUAUAGCCCGUUCAAGUACCAUUCCUGGAAUGCCGGGCCGCGCAGCUGCCUCGGGCGCGCUUUAGCUACCUAUGAGGCCAUUGCUAUCAGCACGGCCAUUAUUCAAAGGUUUGACGUGAUAUUAUCGGAUGACAGUAAGGUGUAUGAGCCGCUUGCUGCUAUGAACAUGGGCAUCAAGGAUGGUGUUCCCAUGAAACUGAAGAGGAGAGCAACUGAAGCAUAA